GCCAAAUCACUAUCUUUCUUGAGAGCUUUAUUCCAAGCAGGACGUGCGUGAAGCCCAUCCCACUCCGUUCCCCAAAUCCUGUGCGCCCGCUGUAGCCCGCUGUAACGCAGGAGGCGUUUGGCGCUGGAUUUGCCGGCUCCCUCGCAUUCAGCCUCUGUAAACCCCCCCCCAGGUGUGCUGCUGCCCCUUUCUGUAGGCAUCGCGGCAGACACAAAGGAGCUCGCUUCACUUUCCCCCUGUCUAUUUGUGAGGCGACCGAGCUGAUCCGCGCCCGGCUCUCCGCUGGAGCUCCGUGGGGCUGCGGGCGACGUGAAACCCGCCCUCCGCUCGGACACUCGGCUGUGUCGUGUUUCGCCUGUAAGCGAGCGGCGCGGGCUCAGCUGGACUAUCGAUAAGUUUCUGAUCAGAUCGAUGGUCGUUGCGUCAGCGUGCAGGGAGGGGGGGCGGAGAGUCUGAGCUGCCAAAUUGGCCCGCGAGCGAGCCGAUCUCUUAAUGGACCGCUGAAUUGUUAAAUGCCACAGCUGAAGAUGAAUGUUGGGAUUUCUCUCCCGUGAUACAACACAGCCUAUCUGGAGCCGCAGCAGCCGCCUGCCCGACGCGUUUAUGCAGAGCCUUUGCAGGGUCAAGAUGCAGUUCCGGACUGUGCUGGACGUGAAAGUCGUGGACGUGGAGAAGAGGCGCAAUCCCUCUAAACACUACGUAUAUCUCAUCAAUGUCACCUAUUCUGACAACACCUCCCACAUCAUCUACAGAAGAUACAGCAAAUUCUUUGACCUACAGAUGCAGAUACUUGACAAGUUCCCAAUUGAGGGAGGGCAGAAGGACCCAAAGAAGAGGAUCAUCCCAUUUCUCCCAGGCAAAAUCCUGUUCCGGAGGAGUCAUGUGCGAGAUGUGGCCAUGAAGCGGCUGCGUUUCAUCGACGACUACUGCAGGGCGCUGGUGCGACUCCCCCCUCAGAUCUCUCAGAGCGAGGAGGUGCUGCGCUUCUUUGAGACAAAAGCUGAGGACAUCAACCCCCCAGUGGAGGACUAUGGCUCCAAGCGCAAGUCGGUAUGGAUGUACGGCUUUACAGACAGCCCGAGGAAAGAGGCCUCAGGGAUUGACAGCUCGGAGCCCAUGGUGUUGGAGCAGUACGUGGCCGUGGCCAACUACGAGAGGCAGGAGAACUCGGAGAUCAGCCUCAAGGCCGGCGAGACGGUGGACGUGAUUGAGAAGAGCGAAAGUGGCUGGUGGUUUGUCAGCACAGCAGAGGAGCAGGGCUGGGUGCCGGCCACAUACCUGGACUCCCAGAAUGUAACCAGAGAUGAUUUGGAUCUGGGCACUUCCAGGACUGGAGAAGUCACUAAGAGACGCAAGGCACAUCUGAAGAGGCUGGACCGCCGCUGGACCCUUGGGGGUAUAGUCAACCGCCAGCAGAGCAGAGAGGAGAAAUAUGUGACGGUUCAGCCGUACACCAGUCAAGGAAAAGAUGAAGUCAGCUUUGAGAAAGGGGUCACCGUGGAGGUCAUCCAGAAGAACCUGGAGGGCUGGUGGUUCAUCAGAUACUUAGGGAAAGAAGGCUGGGCCCCUGCCUCCUAUUUGAAAAAGGUGAAAGAGGACUUCUCCCCUCGCAAGAAGACCCUGACAGGCCCCGUGGAGAUCAUCGGCAACAUCAUGGAGAUCAGCAACCUGUUGCAAAAGAAGUCAGUCAGUGAGAAGGACAUCCAGACGGAUGGAGAUGGAAGCACCACACCGGAACGCCACAUCUCCAAGAGCGAGAUCAGCCUGCCCAUGCCCUAUAACUCUGAAAUCAAUGCCGAGACGGGCAGGAGGCUGAGUGCAGGCCGUGACACCAACAGCCCCUGUCUGGGAAUAGCAGCGAGUGCUGCCCUAAAUGAAAAUAAAGGAAGAGGCGAGCCAGGGUCCCCAGCUGUUGCGAGAGUGGCACCGCAUAGAGUGGAAAUUGGAUUUGAUGCUAUAGGGUCUCCGAAUCUGAGACAAAAACCUCCCCCAAGAAGAGAAACCAACUUGGGAUUCCAGUUACCCAAGCCACCAGAGCCCCCUGCUGUGGAAGCAGAGUAUUACACAAUAGCAGAUUUCCAGUCCUCGAUCUCUGAUGGCAUCAGUUUCCGUGGAGGACAAAAGGCUGAUGUGAUAGAGAAGAACCCUGGAGGCUGGUGGUAUGUGCAGAUUGGAGAGAUGGAGGGCUGGGCCCCCUGCUCCUACAUUGACAAGCGCAAAAAGCCCAACCUCAACCGUCGAACUAGCACCCUGACCCGCCCCAAAGUGCCACCCCCAGCUCCGCCUGUCAAAAAACAAGACUCCGAGGAGGCCCCCCCUCCUUCUAACUCUGCCUCUAAAGUCUCAGAGCCGCCGAGCAGGCCUGUGUACGAAGAACCUGAGUAUGAUGUACCUGCUAUUGGGUGUGAAGGCGAAUCGGACACAGAUUCCCUGAAGGAUGAGCGUGCCCUGGAUGUGAAGAUCAGCAGCGUGGUCAGCGACAAAUAUCGCAGCUCCCCUCCUUCCUGCAAGGCCUCUCCUCCUGUCUGCAAGGCGUCCCCUGUGUUCACUCAUCGAAGAGCUUCCUUCAGGUCUGUAGAGGAGGUUGCAAAAGAGGAGUGUAUCUAUGAAAACGAUGGUUUCAGGCGAAGCAGCGGCGUUGAAGGAACAUCAGUCAAAGGUUCCAGUGAGCCAAAUUCCCCCAGGAGCUAUCAUUCAUCCACAGUCCCACGCAAACCCUCUGGAUCCUCACCUUUAGCUGGUAGACCCAUGAAAACCAUAACACCAGAGAUGAACCGAAGAAGCCAGACCCUGGGCAGACACAUAGAUAUCAGCCUCAGGUCGCAGGACAACAGCCCCCACUCUUCAUCAGAUGAAUUAAGCAGAGGCCCGAAGAAAGGCCCUGCCUUCAACCGGGAUGUGGAGCAGAGAAUAGGCCAGAGCCCCUCCACCAGACCCAAGCCUUCUGUCAGACCUAAACCACUUCUGACCAAAUCAGAGCCCCAGAGUCCAGAGAGGAUGGAUAUCAGCUCUCUGAGACGACAGCUGAGGCCUACAAGUCAGUUUCGACAUGGCCUCAAAUCUACUCGUGGGGACGACUCUGAAACGGCCUCUGUUAUCUCAUCAGAGGACUCGAUGUGUUCGCGCAGUACCUCAGAUCUCUCUUCUGUUUACUCCAAAGGGAGCCGUGGUGAUUCAGACGUGGAAGGCCCCAAUCUCUACCGCUCCCUGGACGCCUAUAAGAAGGCCCAGGACUCUGAGAUCAGCUUUCCGGCUGGGGUGGAGGUCGAGGUUUUGGAGAAACAGGAGAGCGGCUGGUGGUACAUCCGUUGGGGAUCCGAGGAAGGCUGGGCUCCCUCGUACUACCUGGAACCUGUCAGACAAGUGGGUGAUGCAAGUGGGUUAGAAUCAGAUGGACACGGGAGUGGUGGGAGUAAGUCCAACAGCCUGGAGAAAAACGAGCAACACGUGUUGGCCCUCAAUAACAUCAAUAUUCAGGGUCUGAGUCAGCAGCAUCAAGGCUUGAGGAGGAACACUCCACCGAUUCCUUCUAAGCCUCCUGGUGGCUUCUCGAAGCCAUCCGGGAUGGUUAAUGGAGGUGUUCGGAUGAGGAAUGGGGUACGCCAGGUGGCUGUCAGGCCUCAGUCUGUAUUUGUGACCACAACACAGCCAUCCAAGGAUGGGCACUACAUGACAGGGUCUCUGAGGCGAAAUGACUCUCUUGGCAGAAGUGAUCAUCACUAUGGCUCUGGUUCUGCCACUCUUGGUGUGCGCCGGAAUGCCUCCUUCAGUACCGUGCGGCCACAUGUGGUUGUUGAAAGUCAGACACGGCCUGCCGAGCGCUCCAGCUUGGGGUCUUCAGGGAGCUCAUUCAGCACAAGCAAUGUCCAGGAUGCCCUUAGCAGAGUUAACCAACGCAACGGCAUUCCUGUGUCCACCGUCCGACCCAAGCCCAUAGAGAAGAACCAACUGAUCCACAACAACCUUGGCAGGGAUGUGUACGUGUCCAUUGCUGACUAUCGUGGCGAUGAGGAAACUAUGGGUUUCACUGAGGGCACCUGUCUGGAGGUUUUGGAGAGAAACCCCAAUGGAUGGUGGUACUGCCAGGUGCAGGACAGCCUGCUUCCCCGCAAGGGCUGGGUCCCCUCCAACUACCUAGAGCGGAAAAAAUAAAACCAACCCCACAUCCUCCCCCUACAUUUCCCCCCACCUCCCCCUUUUAUUGUCUUCAAGGACGUGGGUGGCAUCAAUUCUUGCGAAUGUUACCCGCAAUUUCCCCUAAGCAAUAUGUCCUUGAAAAUGAACAUUCAUAAAAAGACUGUGUAAAAAGAAAGAUGUUUUAAUCUGAAAAGGAAGGACACUUUUAGUGCUGGUUUACUAAAAUGUAUUUCAAGACUAGUGUAAAGAUUUAAAAUAUUUUGGCUGGGAAUGAGAGACAGAAACAUGGGAUCGGUCACUCUUGAGUGAGGAAAUUUAAGAGGACAGUGUCUUUGAGAAAUAAAAUGGUAUGAAUGGGAGUAAUAACCUCUUAAAGAGGUUUGCAUCAUGUAAUACAGGAGUUGAGCAGGGUAAUGGCUAUGCUUAUUCCUGCCCAUCACUGACUAUGAUGGCCGAUAAGUGCCUUUUGUAUUUGUUCACCUGAAUAGAGAUCCUAAAUGGUGGAUGGCAAAACAUUAAAUCAACCAAAUCUUUUAAGAGUGCCAUAGGCCUAUGAACACCACCAAGAGUAUUUCCAUUACCAAUUAAGAGCUCCACUAUACAGUGCAAACAAAGUGCAAAGUUUCCAUUUAAAGUGCUCUAAUUGGUCCAACGCAGAUUAAAGAAAGAAAAACUGACAUUUAAGGAACUCAAUUCAGCAUAGAAUUUAUUUGUUUGAAGCCACCAAGUCAUCAAGCAAACAAAAACAUUUUAAUCUCGUUAUUAGAAUUUUUAUUUAGUUUCAUUGUUCAUGUUAUAAUGUCUUGUGUUGAUGCAAGUCUUCCUUAGAGAAUUAUUUCUGCUUUCUUGUGACAUCUUUUUUCCACCAAGAGCCUAGAAUUGGAAAAGUUAAAGCUCCUGCUUCAUGUCACACACCAUCUGACACUGGUAAAAUAUAAAGUAAGUGCUUAGGUUUGAUAAAUUGGCAUACUUUUGUCAUAGAUCCUCAAGUCCAAGAAAAAUGUUAAUAUUCAUGUUGUUUUAAUCCCAGAGGUAACUAUCUGGGAUAACAAAUGUAUAAUGAAAAACCUGUAAAACUUGAAAAUAGCAGAUAUUUUAGUUUCCUGGAAAAUCAAAAGAACAACUUGUAACUUGAGUGCUCUCCAGAACAAAGCCACCUCCUAUCUGAGUAGCUAAUAACCUCAAAAGAUCAAAACAAUUAGUUUACAAAGGUGUAGGUUUACUGUAGUGCUUUUAGUUCCAGGAACAAUGGAUUUUGUAUAUAGUUUGUUUUGUAGACAUAAUGAUACCGCUGUUGCGGAGAUGUGUUGAAUAAGUACUGGAAAUGUGGUGAAAUAAUUGAAUCCCAGGGACAUAUUUGCACAGCAUUUAGCCCAAAAUGUGAUCAAACCAAAGAGAGUUUUUUGUGAUUUUACUAUUUAUUUAUGGUACAAGUAAUACAGUAUAUUCAACAAAAUGCCUAAUACAGGGUGUCUGGAAGCACUUGAUACAUUUUCUCAAAAUUAUAGAUCUAUGAAACAAGAAGUAAGCAAGGGAAUUGUAAUUAGAUAUUGCUGUGCAAGUAUUAGGGUUGGCAUUAAAUAGCAGACAACAUAGUUUGUCAACUUGUUUUUUCAUAUCUUCCAUUAAAGUCAGGGUUCAUAUCCUGUAAAAAAUAUUUGGCAAUCACCUAAGUUAAGUUAGAAAUAAUAAUAAUGUUAAGUUAAUAAUAAUCCUCCCCCAAUAAGAAGUGAAAUAUGAGAAUUUGAAGUUCUGAGCUAAAAUCCAACUUUUAAAAUUCAAAUGGCUGAUGUUCAAGACUGCUGAAAUACAUUUUCUAACAGACGGUGUGAGCUCUCUGUACGAGGCUGAACACUAACUUUUCAUUAUGUUUCUGCUGGACAGUAUCAUAGUAUUAAACAAAGUACAGUACCUGCUAGAUCGCAGUUAUCUAUUUUAGCGAAACCAUAUUUGUGUCUUGUCUGUUCGUUUUGUUGUUGUGAUCGCACAGUGACAAUAAUGAGGGACGAAGUGGUUCUGUUUUGUGAAUUAGUGCACUUUAAACCCGUUUUUAUGGUGCAUUAAUGUAAAGAUGCAGUAAAUACUCAGCAUAUUAUUUAUUCUUUUUUUGUAAUUAUUUAAUUUCUCUCUAUUCUUUUUUCUUUAAACUCACCUCAAAUGAGAGGUGGAACUCUACUAUGAGUUCUGAGAUCAUGGCAAAGUUAGAGUAGAAUUGGAGGAACAGAGCCCUCUUGUGGGAGGUCACAGGUACUACAACAGGAUUUUUAUCCCCUCCACAAGGCUUACCAGCUGUCCUACCUCAGUGCAAUAAGAAAUGCACUGCUGGUCAGUGAGUCUCACCAAGAACUGUACAGAAAUUUAAUGUUUUCUAUUUUCUUUUUUUUUUUUAAUCUAAGUGCAGCUAAGAAUAUUUUUGUAGCACGUGUUUUGUAUUGGGCAAUAAUUUAUUUUUUUUUUAAAUAAAAAAAGUCUUUUUUUUUUCUCUAUGCUGUGUGCUGCAACUUUAACAAAUCAUGGGCACUUCCUUCAUCUUUAUUGUGCUUUACAUAAUGCCUGAUUUUAUGUGUAUUUAUUAUGAAUAGUUCUAUAUCUUAUCAGGGUUUGACAAUCACCGUAUCCCCACAUUCAAAAUAUUACUGUAUAGCAUUAUACAGAUUAUCAUUCUCACGCAAACUAUACUCCACUGAACUGAAUAUUCAAAAUGCAGACACAGCGGUCAGCGGACAUUCAAAAGCAACAUCAUUUAGUUGUGAGGUAUUUUUUAUUAAUUUUAUUAAAUAAAAAUUAAAAGACGUACCUAUAAAUAAUGAGAUAAAAAUUAGGACUGGAAUAUUUGCUGUCAGGCCCGUUUCCAUCCAGACGAAGGCAUUAUGUAAAUGUGUUGAAUCACUUUUAACAUUUCGCUCCAGCACGUAUUAUUAUUGCAUAUCGCUUUUGUUUGAUCAAGCUGAAUUUACUAAGCUGAAACAGCAAGGGAAUCGUUCUGUCAGGCAUACAUUUAGCUUACGUCUAUCUUCAUUCAUGCUUUUAUCUUCUUUUUUUUUCUUUUUCUUAUUUCCCCUUUUUGUCAAAUUCUGAAAUAUACCCCUCGAGGAAAUGUGCAAUAGAUGAGAAGCACAUCACACUUCAACAAGAGGAAAAAACAUUGCAGGUCUAGAGAAACGUGAAUAAUGCCAUUACAUCUGUUGGGAGUAGAUAUUCCCAGUCAAACUGCCAGUCAUGAGCUUUUACCCUCAUUUCAAGUGUAUCUAAAAGAGCAGAUGUGAAAGGCCCUAAAAGCAUCGAAAAAAACUCAUUGGACCAAAGCAGCAGACGUAUGUGACAUCUCAUUAUUACCCUGACGUGAUGGACUUUUAUAAUUACUAACACGAGAACCUCUGCUCCUCCUGCCCCGGAUCAGCAGUGGACAGUGACUUGUGAAUGGCAUGGUAGAAGCCCACUGACCCGUUCUGUAUGGACAUUACAGCCAUCUGGGGUCUUCUUCACAGAUGGAGAGUCAUGGGCCCAUCAUCAGGGGCCUCAGUGGCCCUGCUCUGAGCUGUCACGUUCGUGCCUGAAUGGAAUUUUGAUAGUUUCUUGUUUUUGUGUUGUUGUUGUUUCCUUUUUCUUCAGAUUUUUAUUCUGUGUGUUUUCCCACUGGAGUGUGUCCUCUCUGCACCUACGCGGGUGCCUCUGUUGACAUUUACCCCACCAUUGUCAAACCAAGUCAGACUUUUCCCCCUCACCAAUCACCGUGGUCAAGGUGACAUUUGGAUCCGUCGGCGGGAGAGUCUCAGCGGUAAACAAGAGAGCGUGGAGAUGAACGCUCCUUCAGGCCAUUUCACUUCAAUCCAUCACUUCCAGGAUGUACGCCAAAAAUAGAAAAAACCUUUAUAUUUCUCUUUGCUGAGCCCCAGGCAGGCCUUAUCGAUGUGCUAAAGGUGAAUACGUCAUUGUGCUAAAGACUACCUGUGUGUACAGGCCAAUACACAGAGUUCCCUGUAUUGUUGGUGGCGGCUUGUGUCCAUAAAUCUUUUUUUUGGCAAUAGUUUGUAGUUUAACUCUACCUAGUCUGACAUUUUGGGAAAGACCCUGAUUUGCUUUCUUACCAAGAGUUAGAUGAGAAGAUCGAUACAACUCUCAUGCCGUUAAAGCCCCCCUUCACUAAAAAAAGUGUUUUUCUUAUGGUGAUGUUUGAGCUUCACUGUGCAGAAUGAUGUAUGUGCAGAGUCUGACAGUAAAAGGUUGUUCUCACAUCCAUCUGCUGAAGGGGAAAGGUUUCUUUGUGCUCACCUUAAACCUCAGCUUAACACACGUACGUGGGAUCCUGGCAGAACUGACUUUGCAGUGAAGUAGGAGACAUCGCUCAUCACUGAAACUUUUGAUGUGAGAAAUAUUUGCUUAUGCGUAGUUUCUGCAUUUUUAAUGAGGGAGAAGAAGCGGAUGCAGGUGUGAGAAUGUACUGUUUUGGUGCAAAACAAUAUCAGACAAAUUAAAAUGCAAACAUAAGUGUGGGGAUUGUUAAAUAUGAAGCUAAAGCCAGGAGAUAGCUUAGCUCAGCAUAAAGACUGGUAGCUUGGAGAGACAGCUAGUCUGGCUCUGUCAAAAGGUUAAAAAUGCUGCCAACAUCUCUAAAGUUCACUACUUAACACUUUAAAAAAGAGUUGUGGUUUUACCUUUGGUUGACGACAACAGCCCAGCAACAUUAAAGAUCCCCUCCAAACAUGUUUUAGGUUAGAAACAAAUGCUUGGAACAAUAAUGUGUUUUUUUCCACACAAAAGUCUAAUCUGUGAAUAUGCAAAUGUAUCCUCCUUCACUGUAAAGUCUCAGUGGAUGUCACUGGUGGAUCACACUGUAAAGUUGCAUACUGGACCAGGACUAACUUCCAGACUAUUUGUGAUGUCACAAAUCCUGC